AAAAUGCUGUCCAGGCGAGAGGGGGUCUAGGCAGACCUUUCACUAGCGUUCGCGGCCAGUUUGCGCAUGCGCAGUGCCUCGUUCUACUCAGCAUCAUGGCGGCUCCCGUAGACCUUGAGUUGAAAAAGGCCUUUGCAGUGUUGCAGGCUAAAAUGGUUGACACUCAGCAGAAGGUGAAGCUGGCAGACCUGCAGAUCGAACAGCUGAGCCGCAUGAAGAAGCACGCCAACCUCACGCACGCAGAGAUCACAUCGCUCCCUGACAGCACUCGCAUGUAUGAGGGAGCAGGACGCAUGUUCAUUUUACAGUCAAAAGAUGAGAUUGCCAAUCAGCUUUUGGAAAAGCAGAAGACGGCAGAUGAAAAGGUCAAGGAGCUUGAGCAAAAGAAGACUUACCUGGAGCACAGCGUUAAAGAUGCGGAGGACAACAUAAGAGAGAUGCUGAUGUCCAGGAGAGCCCAGUAAAACACGCUCACACCCAUCCACACCCACACACACAAAAAAUACCUUCUUCAUCACCUUUGUACACCGUGCCCUUGGCUUGAACAUGCUUCUGCAUGUAUUCAAGAAUACUUGUGACAGACGAGCCAACAGGAGUCAUCUGUCAGCUGAACACAGGAAGUUUAUUUAGGUUAAUAGUUAAAAAUGAAUGUACUGUUGACCGUCUGUCUAAUACUGACUCGUGUGACCUCUGACACCUGAGUAUUCUGUAAGACUUUUUAAGUUAUUGAUUGUUUUCUUCAACUGUUCUUUUUUCUAUGGUUUUGUAAUAAUGCAAAACAUUUUUUAUGUAAGCAGGUGUUAACAUGGUAAUAAAGGUGGCUGUUGAAAGACAAAUCUGUGUGCGUGUGUGCCAUAGAGUCCGCAGACAGUAAUUUAGAUAUGAUCUGAAUGAUGUGGUACUUCAUUGCUGUGUUUGUGCCUCUACGUCACUGGUUUCCUGUCAGUCCCUCUGGACAUCCUCUUUCCCCCCUCGUCUCGUCUCGUCUCUGUCUCCUUUCUUGUGUUCUUCUGAUCCUAUGCUGGACUCUGAGAGAAAUUUGCCACAUAAGCCUGUGGAAACUUGUCUUUCAGGCUACAACCUUGAAAAGAGAAUUACCCCAGACUUCUGCUUAGAUCUUCUCCAGACAGCCGUUCCUGUGUCGUUCCUGUUUGCCGGCCUGCGUCUCAUUCAUUCGUGAUGCAGAUGUGUGUCUGCUUGAUAUCCUACUUCCUCAGAACAGGAUGAAUUG